GGGCUACUGGCGUGACAUAUUGAGGUGGUCCCACUCUAUUUUAGUUCUCCUUGUAUUUCUCCCUCAGGCUCAGUUUCUUCUCCUUCUAUUGAUAGUUAUGUCUCACAAGGCUUAUCCUAAUUUAGCUCACCUUGAAACCUUCUCUCGUGAUCUCAAUUACACUGGUGUACCCCUCGAUGGAUGGAUUCAUCCAAUGACUUUUGUCCCCAUUGUAUUGAGUGUCAUUGCUUUCAUAACUGUUGGGAGGCCGAGGGGAUUCCUUUCUUAUUGGGCCCUUUUGAACUUUGCCCUUAUCCAUCCCAUGGAUUUGUUUGUUGGUACCCUGGGAUAUGGCCCGCGAUACAUGGUUGAUGAAUACUCUGUACUGGACACCCGCUAUUGGGUGGUGCAGGAUGUCUGUGUCACUAUAGUCUCUUUUCUGGAGUUUAUUGUAAUGGCACCACUCUGUUUCUUCUGGUACAGAGGUAUUGUACAGGGAAGACCUGAUAAAGCUUUUUUUGCAAUCCAAGCUAGUACAUGGCAAUUGAUAGGAACAAUAUUUUACGUCGUUGGAGAAAUCAUGGACGACUUCAAGCAUCUGCCUGGAAAUGAUUUUGUUUGGCCACCUAAGUUUGACAGUUACCUAAAAUUAAAGUAUUUUUGGUUUAUUUUUGUUUGUCUGAAUCACAUCUGGGUCUUCCUGCCAUUGACUGUCAUCUAUAAAAGCUACAGGGAAAUAAUACAGGGAAUGACAAUGAAACAUAAGAAAAAAUGAACUAAGAUACAUUUGCUAACAAACUUGUUAUUAUUAUUAUUAUUUCUGCUGGUUAUGUGAUGUUAGGAAAAUAAUCUUUAGUAUUAAUUUUUGCAUUUUUUUAUGAUAAUAAUCAUUAUUUAUUAUUAUUGUUAUUACUAUUACUGUUAUUGUAUAAUUAAAGGUGAGAGAAUGUGUGUGAAAAGUUUGACUCUGUACAGUUUUAAA